CGCACCCCGGGCCCAGUGGAAGAACUUUCGCUCGAUAGGCCAAAAUACAAAUAAAACAUUAAGUUAUGCGCGUUUUGAAACGUUGCAUUUCUUUAGGCCAAAUAGUCUUUGAGCUGGCCUACUUUUGUGCCGAGGAGGCGACGCCAUAGAGGAGAAUUGAAGUAAGCCUAGUCCUCCUUCUCCUCCUAGCAUGAUCUUCAGGACGUUGGGGCCGACACGGUUAGAGCUUUGUCGUCUAAGGACCUGUGACUGCAGUGACACGCGUGGAGCAGCGGCUUGGCGUGUGCAUAGCGUGUGUUAUCCUUGAGAUGCGACCACCGCUCUGUGCCUUCCACAGCAAAACUCGGACAUGGGCCGCGCACGGACACACAACCCCUGACCACCCUAAGGCACACCCCGCCCCCCUCCCUAUCUCUUCCCCUCUAUUUUCUUCCAUCCCUCGCUCCCUCCAGCUCCCUCGCUAUCAGUAUGGUGUCUUUUGGUUCCUCCUGCUUGCCGUCCUGUGCCUUUGGCUCAUUGGACCCUCCCCUGCUCACGCUGCUCACUUCCGUGUCGGGGUGGUAGGGCCGUGGUCAUGUGACCCUCUCUUCUCCAAAGCGCUGCCGAGUGUGGCGGCCCAGCUGGCAGUCAACCGUAUCAACAGAGACCCUGUCCUCUCACUGGCAGCCACUUUUGAUUAUGUCAUUCUGGAAGAGAAAUGUGAGACUUCCAGGGCUCUGGAUGGGUUCAUGGGCUUCUAUACCAGGGCUACAGGCUUCAUCGGGCCGGCCAACCCUGGGUACUGUGACGCUGCAUCGCUACUGGGCAAGGGCUGGAACAAGGCGGUGUUUUCGUGGGGAUGUGUUGGCUAUGAGCUGGAUGAUGUGCGGAGCCACCCUACCUUUGCCCAUUCCAUGCCCCGACCCACCUGGGUGCUGAUCAGCCUCAUGCAGCACUUCCGCUGGGCACAAGUUGGCAUCAUUGCCUCCUCAGAGGACAGCUGGGUGGAGACCUCCAUCAAGGUGGCCAACUCUCUGAGGAGUCAUGGGAUGCCGGUGAGGCUGGUGGUUACCAUCGGUAACGACCCUGGUAGUGUCAGGAAGACCCUGGCCAAGCUCAAGAAGGUGGAGGACCUACGAUUGGUGAUCAUGUGUAUGCACUCUGCCCUGAUCGGAGGGGGACCUCAGAAGCUCCUGCUAGAAACAGCAAAGGACAUGAGACUGACCGAGGGAUCCCUGGUGUUUCUACCCUACGACACGCUACUCUACAGCCUACCCUACCACAAUGUCACCUACCCUGCCCUGAGGAGCAACAGCAAGCUACUCAAGGCCUACGAUGCCGUGUUGACAGUCACUAUAGACUCUCCCAAGACAUCUUUCUACCAGGCCUAUCAGGAGGCUAUAGACAGGGGAGAGAUAGCGGGAAAUGUCAAGCCAACACAGGUGUCUCCUCUGUUUGGGACCAUCUACAGCUCCGUGCUGUUCAUGGCCCAUGCUGUCCACAGGGUCAAGGCCUCGGGGGAGUGGCUCUCUGGGGGGAACCUGGCCCGACACACCCACAACCUGGCCUUCCAGGGCUUCAGCCACCCUGUGAGGACUAACAUGUCUGGAGCCAGCUUGGCUGACUACGUAAUACUGGAUACAGACGGGAAAACCUGGGACCUCAGGCCCACACACAGGAUAGAGAUGGCUGCUGACAUGGUGAGGUUCCUGGGUAGAGAUAUCCACUUCCCACACGGUAUCUCCCCCAAGACUGACUCCAACUGUUGGUUCAUCAAAGGCAUCAUCUGCACUGGAGGUGUGGAUCCGUUCUCUGCUGUUAGGAUCUUCCUGGGAUUCGUCCAGACGGGUUUCGUCUUGUUUAUUCUAACCUACUGCAUCAGGCGACGCAUCAACCACAUCCGGUUGUUCCGGGGUCCCAACAAGAUCCUGCUCACCCUUGACGACGUCACCUUCAUCAACCCGUCGCUUAGCAACAAGAAGCUUAGUAUAGACAGUAACAGAAAGAUCAGUGGAGUCUCUCUGACGAGCCAUUCACAGCACAGCCUCACGUCCCCCUUCUCUGAGCAAUCACCUGCUACCUAUGAGAACUCCAACAUCGUCCUCUAUGAGGGAGACUGGGCGUGGUUGAAGAGACUACCUCAUGGAACGUUCAGGAAUAUCAACCCCAAAACCAGUGACGUGUUUGAAUUGAUGAAGGACAUGCGUCAUGAGAACAUUAACCUUUUCCUGGGUUUCUUCCACGACUGUGGAGUGUUUGCCAUCGUAACCGAGUUCUGCACCAGGGGAAGCAUGGAAGACCUAUUGCUCAAUGAGGAUGUCAAACUGGAUUGGAUGUUCAAGUCAUCACUACUGUUGGACCUUAUUAAGGGUAUGAAGUACCUGCACCACAGGAACUUGUAUCACGGUCGUCUGAAGAGCAGGAACUGUGUGGUGGAUGGACGCUUCGUCCUGAAGAUCUCUGACUACGGAUACAACGAGGUUCUAGAGGCAGCAAAGUUCCCCUACACAGAACCUCCUGCAGAGGACCUGUUGUGGACUGCACCUGAGAUUCUGCGUGGCCCCUCCCCCGGUCUCUACGGGAGUCUCCAUGGAGACGUGUACAGCUUCGCCAUCAUCAUGCAGGAAGUGGUCAUGAGAGGCCCGCCUUUCUACAUGCUGGAGCAGUCUGCUGCAGAGUUGAUCCAGAAAAUCCGUAAGCCCCCUCCUCUGUGUCGUCCGGUGGUCUCCCCUGACUACGCCCCUAUGGAGUGUAUCCAGCUGAUGAAACAGUGUUGGAACGAAGAGCCAGACAGACGGCCAUGCUUCGACCAGAUCUUUGACCUGUUUAAGAACAUCAACAAGGGCAGGAAGACCAACAUCAUAGACUCCAUGUUGAGGAUGCUGGAGCAGUACUCCUCUAACCUGGAGGAGCUGAUCAGAGAGAGGACUGAGGAGCUGGAGAUAGAGAAACAGAAGACUGAGAAACUACUCACUCAGAUGCUGCCACCGACGGUUGCGAAUGCCCUGAAGGUGGGUGGUACGGUGGAACCGGAGUACUUUGACAACGUGACGCUGUACUUCAGUGACAUCGUUGGCUUCACCACCAUCUCAGCCAAUAGCGAGCCCAUCGAAGUGGUUGACCUUCUGAACGACCUCUACACGCUGUUUGACGCAAUCAUUGGCAACCACGAUGUCUAUAAGGUGGAGACGAUAGGCGAUGCCUACAUGGUGGCGUCAGGGUUACCGGUUGCCAAUGGAGAUCGUCACGCGGCAGAGAUAUCCAACAUGGCGCUAGACAUCCUCAGUGCUGUGGGCACCUUCAAGAUGAGACACAUGCCUGACGUACCUGUACGGAUACGCAUAGGAUUACAUUCAGGUCCGUGUGUGGCGGGGGUGGUGGGACUGACCAUGCCUAGAUACUGUCUAUUCGGAGACACUGUCACCACAGCCUCUCGUAUGGAGUCCACUGGGAUGCCCUACAGAAUCCAUGUCCAUAACAGCACAGUUAAAAUCCUGCUGGAACUCAAGGCAGGAUACAAGGUGCAACUGAGAGGCAAAACUGACCUGAAGGGAAAAGGAGGAACAGAGGAGACCUACUGGCUCAUAGGGAAGGACAACUUUGAGAAACCUCUCCCCGUCCCCCCUGAAUUCAAGAAAGGGCAAAUGGCUCAUGGCCUGCAGAUGGAGGAGAUAGCGAGGUACAAGAAGAAAAAAGCUGAGAAACUGCAACAGCUUACAAAGAAGAAUAACUGAAUUACAUAAGGUCUGUCCAGGAGAUCAAGGACUUCAAGCUGCUCCUCCAGAAGGCCGUGAAGAAGAUCUCCACUGUCAGAACGGUGGCCAUGGUUACUACGGCGGACGACGACAACGUCAUGAUGCACCACCACUGACCAAUCAGACUUUCUGAUGCACCACCACUGACCUUUGACCCUAGCCAGAAAGAGGCAUCAUGGGAGCUACAGCAAAGGCAUAUUUUGACUCCAUUUUGAAUAAAUGGAACUUGGGGCUGACCAAUGAGGACCACCAAUUGAC